AUGCCGACUGAAACUAUUUGGUCGAGUGGCCAUUCGUCACCUAUUCAGGCAAGCAGACCGUUGGAAUCGCCUUCGGCAACAAGCAAUGCAACCAACGCAAGCAACACGAAAGGCUUUAGCCAGUUCAAGUCUGUUUUGGACCAAGUGGACCCGGACGUUGCCAGUCUCUUGGCUAAUUCAAACCCUUUUGAAGGUUUACCGUCGUCAACCGGUUUGAGUGAAAGAAGGCUUUCCUUUAAUGACGGAAGCGACAUUGACGAUACGUUUUUCGGGUUCAAAAGAGGGGCAUUAUCGGCAAUCACGGCCCCUGUUGGAGGCCACAUCAACUACAACAGCCAUCCUUCUCAUUUCAAUUUUUCCAAAAACGCCAAUGGUCACGAAGCCUCGGGAGGUGACAAUAACGGCGGUCAGAGGCUCAACUUUGGCACAGCCUCGAUUAGCGGCGGUAUUGCAAGCAGACACCCUCCACAGGAAAGCUUUCUUCAACGGUUCUCGAAUGUAGCUGACGCCACUAGAGAAAUCGAGUUUGGAAAUUUGUCGUUGGGAACGACUCUUCAAAGCCCCAACAACUUGUCAACGUCCAUGCUCGUCGGCGACAGCGGAACUAAAGGCGGUUCUUUGAACGAGAACUUGAACAUGCCGGCUCCCAGAGGCUCGAGACACCAGUCGAUAAGCGAAAAGAUUGACAACUAUAACAACAACUCCCCUAUUCAGUCGAAUGCGGCCUUAUCGGUGCACUCGGAUUUGAACGCGACGUCCGAUGUGAAGAUAGGCAAUGGAGCAACAGGCGGAACUCAUUUGCCUCAGUCGUUUUGGAAUCCAGCGUCUGCUGCUUCCUUUACGCCAGCAAACUAUCAGUCGUAUUUCAUGGAGAACAAUGCCGGGUUUGCAGUUCCAACCCCGCCUCCGCCACCACCAUUUCCACCUCAUCAUGCACCUCAAAACUUCUACCGCCAAAACCAGGGUCACGCUCAAGGUCAAGGACCUAUCCCACCGAUGAAUGGACCACCGCCACCUUUCAUGGUUGCUUCGCCUCCUUUACCCCAGUUUUUGGAUCCAGGCUUGUACAACAUGAUGUACGGAAACUUUUUUCCUUUCCCCCACCCACCACCUUCGGUUCCGGCUGAGGGAGACGACAUAAAAGAAGGGUCUGGCUCUGGUUCUGGUUCUGGCUCUUUAUCUGGGUCUCCCAAACCAAACAAACUGGGCGACGCAGAAACAAAGGAUAGCAGAGACAACAACGCGCACCAUGCGGGGGGCUCAGAAACUGAAAAGGGGACGAAUGAAAACGACAAGAGGAACGAACAUCAAAACGGCAAUGGGCCAAUAGGGGUUGGUCUCAUGAAUCGUCAGUUUUUACCCUCCUCGUUCAUGUUCCAUCCAUUUAACCCUUACCCCAUGUACCAGCAGGGUCUCCAGGGCCCAAUGAUGUCUCCAGAUGCCAUGAGAAGUAUGUCGCCACAGCCAAUGGGAGGCAUGCCUUUACCCCCAAGUGCUCACAACUCGUCGCCCCGUGCUGCAGUUGCGCCCGUGGAAAAACCCUCGAGCGCCAGAAAAGAGGCCGCCAACGGUGCGAAUACAGGAAAUGGCGGAAACAGUGGAAACAAUGGCAACAACGGAAAUGGAGGAAAUGGAGGAAAUGGCGUUUCUUCUGCAGCGGCCAAGAAAAAGACACAAUCAUCAUCAUCAGCGUCAUCAUCAUCCAAGGGCACAAAAUCAGGUGGUUCUGCCCACAUACACCGUUCGCCCUUGUUGGAAGAAGUGCGCUCCAAUCCCAAGGGUAAAGAGUACACGCUUCGUGACAUCUAUGGCCAUGCCGUGGAAUUCACCAAGGACCAACAUGGCUCGAGAUUCAUCCAGCAGAAGUUGCCCACUGCCUCUGCCGAGGAGAAAGAAGUGAUUUUCAACGAAAUAAGAGACAUCUCGUAUGAACUCAUGACUGAUGUGUUUGGAAACUAUGUCAUUCAAAAGUUUUUCGAGCACGGCUCGCGCACUCAAAAGCGAAUCCUCUUGGGCCACAUGGUUGGAUCCAUUUAUGAGUUGUCGUUGCAAAUGUACGGAUGCAGGGUAGUUCAACGGGCUCUCGAGUCUCUUGAAGACGUGGAGGACCAAUUGAAGAUUACCCAAGAGUUGCGCGAUUACAUUUUGAUCUGCUCCAAGGAUCAAAACGGCAACCAUGUGAUUCAAAAAUCGAUUGAAAAAAUCAAGCCCUUUGACAAGAUCAGGUUCAUUUUAACAAGUUUAGAAGAUCAGAUUUAUCAUUUGAGCACGCAUUCGUAUGGUUGCAGAGUAAUUCAGAGAUUGCUCGAGUACUCAAACAAGCAAGAUCAAAAGUUGAUCAUGCUGGAACUAAACAAGUUUAUCUACUAUUUGAUUCAAGACCAGUACGGCAACUAUGUCAUCCAGCACAUAUUGGAACAGGGGGAGCCGGAGGAAAAGGAAGAGAUUUUGACGAUUGUCUUGGGCAACGUCGUCUCCUUCUCCAAGCACAAGUUUGCCUCUAACGUGAUUGAAAAGUGUAUCAAGUAUGGUGACUUGAAACAGCGUCAAAUGAUAUUGCAUGAAGUCAUGCUUGGUAAUGAAGAUAAUAAUAACAACAGUAGUAAUGGGGAGAAGGAAGGUGGAGAAGAUAAGGAGAAGGAGAAGGGUGGUGUUGGAAAGGAAGACAGUAUAGUUGCAGAUGAUUCUCCAUUGGCCUUGAUGAUGAAGGACCAAUACGCCAACUACGUGAUUCAAAAGUUGGUUGAAGCUUUUGACUCCAACAGUUCUGAAAAGAAGCAAUUGGUGUUGAAAUUGAGGCAAUAUCUCAAACAAUUGUCCGAUAAGAGCAACUAUGGUGGGAAGCACUUGGCCAGUGUUGAGAAAAUGAUUAUAGUCGCUGAGACUGCACUAGACUAG